CAACACAACACAACACAUACAUCAACAGAUUAAACAUGAAGCUUCUUCAUGGACUCGCUUUAGUUUUUCUAUUAGCUGCUGCGAGUUGCAAAGCUGAUGAAGAAAUUACUUGCGAAGAGAACAACCCAUUCACUUGUAGUAACACUGAUAUUUUAAGUAGUAAGAACUUCGGAAAAGAUUUCAUCUUCGGUGUUGCAUCUUCUGCUUACCAGAUCGAAGGAGGGAGAGGUCGUGGUGUUAACGUUUGGGAUGGCUUCAGUCACCGAUAAAGGAAAGGUGAGUAGGGGAGUGAACCAAGGAGGUCUUGAUUACUACCACAAACUCAUAGAUGCACUCCUCGAAAAGAAUAUAACGCCUUUCGUUACCCUCUUUCACUGGGACCUUCCUCAAACACUCCAAGAUGAGUAUGAAGGUUUCUUAGACCGCCAGAUCAUACAAGAUUUCAAAGACUACGCGGAUCUAUGCUUCAAAGAAUUUGGUGGAAAGGUAAAGCAUUGGAUCACCAUCAACCAGCUAUACACAGUGCCUACAAGAGGCUAUGCUAUCGGAACAGAUGCACCCGGUCGAUGUUCUCCUAUGGUUGAUACCAAGCACAGGUGUUACGGUGGAAAUUCUUCAACAGAACCCUACAUCGUUGCACAUAACCAGCUUCUUGCUCAUGCCACGGUCGUCGAUCUUUACAGGACCAAAUACAAGUUCCAAAAAGGGAAGAUUGGACCUGUGAUGAUUACAAGAUGGUUUCUUCCAUUUGAUGAGUCUGAUCCUGCCUCCAUAGAAGCAGCUGAGAGGAUGAACCAAUUCUUUCAUGGAUGGUACAUGGAGCCGCUAACAAAGGGUAGAUACCCAGACAUCAUGAGGCAGAUUGUGGGUAGUAGGCUUCCCAACUUCACCGAGGAAGAAGCAGAACUCGUUGCUGGUUCAUAUGAUUUUCUUGGUCUCAACUAUUACGUCACUCAAUACGCCCAGCCAAAACCUAACCCAUAUCCUUCAGAGACACACACUGCCAUGAUGGACGCUGGCGUAAAGCUCACAUAUGAUAAUUCACGUGGUGAAUUUCUUGGUCCACUGUUUGUUGAAGACAAAGUAAGCGGCAACAGCUAUUACUACCCAAAAGGCAUUUAUUACGUUAUGGACUACUUCAAAACCAAAUACGGCGACCCUUUAAUCUAUGUCACCGAAAAUGGAUUUAGUACCCCCAGUUCAGAAAACCGUGAGCAAGCUAUUGCCGAUUACAAGCGAAUCGAUUAUCUAUGCAGCCAUCUAUGUUUUCUCCGCAAGGUCAUCAAGGAGAAGGGUGUCAACGUGAGAGGAUACUUUGCAUGGGCUCUUGGAGAUAAUUAUGAAUUCUGCAAAGGUUUCACCGUCAGAUUUGGACUCAGUUACGUUAAUUGGGAAGAUCUGGACGACAGAAACCUCAAAGAAUCUGGCAAAUGGUACCAGAGAUUCAUUAACGGGACUGUCAAGAAUUCUGCGAAACAAGAUUUCCUCCGCUCAAGCCUCUCUUCCCAGAGUCAGAAGAAGAGGCUCGCUGAUGCAUGAAACACUUUCCACCCUCAAGAUCAUCUCUAUAUCUCUCACUCUUCCUACUUACUCCAUAGAUAAGGAGCUUCUUCUAUCUACAAUGUACUAAAUAAACAAUCUCAAUAAAAAAAUGAUCAGUUAUAAACGA